AGGCCAGAAGCAGGCCACAAGGCUAGGCCACAAGGCUAGGCCACAAGGCUACCAGGCCAGGCCACCAGGCCCGGCUGUGGACAGGCCAAAGGCGCGUUUCUGCGGCAUGACGGCCACCUACAGCUACCCUGUCCCACUUGGCAUUGCAUACAUUUUGCUGGCAGGGUGCGUGAUUCGCGCGCUCUUUGUGUACAUGCACCUCCCAGCAUCUGUAGGAGUCAUGCUGAGUGGCUUCAUUUUCCGGCACUUCUUUCAAAGCGACUUGUUCUUUGCUCGAGAUGAGCUGCAGGCGCUAGCGUUCUUCCUUGUGCUUCUGAUUGCGGGGCUGGAAAUUCGCUUUAGCCACCUCAAAGGACAUAUAUUUGUGAUGGCAGUGCUGCCAGCAGCUUGUGAAAUCUUGGGCAUCGCUGCCUAUGCCAUAUUGGUCAUGCACUACACAAAGGUUCAGGGCUUGGUCCUUGGUACCGUGCUGGUGGCCAUGGGUGAUGGCUUGGUGAUCCCCAAAAUGCAGGAAUUCGGACAGAGAUUUCCAAAGCAUGAACUCCCUCGACUAGUUUUCACGUGGGCGCCGUUGGAGGCAUCAUUUGCUCUGACUACAUUCGGAGUCCUUACUGGCUUUGCGUCUCCUGCGCACACAGACCCAGCACCUGCCGGCACCAUCCUGUUUGCAAAUGCUUUUCGUCUUUUGGCCACGGCUGGGAUGGGCGCAGUUCUUGGAGGUGUCGGUGCUUUUUGCAUCAAGCACCGCACGAAGAUUGGCAUGUUCAACGGUUCGACUACCGAAGGCUUGCUGAUGCUACUGGCUACGGCGUUGAUAGGCUUUGCACUUGGCAAAGGGGACUCAGGGCAUGAACUUGUGCCCAUGGGCUUUGCUUCAGGGUCUAUGUUUCAGCCCGAGCUUCUUGUGAUCAUUACGGGAACCGUUUUUGCAAGCGUCUGCGAUACUGAUAGUUUGCACAACCUGGAGCAUGCGUUGGGCCAGGUCUGGGUUUUGGGCCAGAUUGUUCUAUUUAGCAUGCUUGGAAGCAAGACUGCGCCAGACUUCCUGCCACAAUUGGGUCGCCUACUUCCCGUGAUGGUUACUGGCUUGGUGAUGCGGUUCAUCGGCGUUGCCUUAGGCAUCCUGAUGACCCUUCAUAGCCGCAAGAGGCCACUGUGGGCUGCAUUGCCUGACACAAUCUUUUGCUUUUUGUGCACCCUGCCGCGGGCAACCAUCCAGGGCGCACUCGGCGGAGUGCCAAAGAAGCAGCAUUUUUUCUACACGGGGUAUAGCAAUGAUGGCUUGGUGACAGACUACAUCUUCACUGCUGCGCAGCUCUAUGUCCUGUGCUACUCUGUGAUCGGCAUGAUUCUCCUCAACACAUUUGGCCCCCGGCUGCUUCAGUACACCGAAAGUGCUGAGCGGACUGAGCAGACGGACAAAGCAUUGCCCUCUGAGGACUUAGAAGUUCAGAACAAGCUCCUGGAGCAGAGGUCCUCGCGAGAGAUUCUGCCUGCUCCGGGCCUGUAUGAGGUCGGGCUGGAGUCACCGGCCAGUGACUCGUGGGGAGGCGAGGGCAUGCACAGCUUCGAGGCCUCAGCUCACCACGCGCCGCGCGUCGAGAAGCUGCCUGGCUGGACCGCCACCCCCACAGCGGACAUGUCCGAGCAGCGCCCGCGCCCGCACGAGAUCGGGGUUUUGGGCCUUUUGCCGAAGAGGAUGGAAGUCACCGUGCCGCAGAACCACGACGCGAAUGAGCCGCUCCGCAUCACUGAUUGGGACAUUCGUCUGGAUUUGUCUCCAAAAAAGUCGCGCAGACCUGGGGAUAGAGAAACGAUCUCUUUUGGUCCAGAGGCAGAUUUUCUGGUGAGAGUCCCAGCGUCUCCGAAAGAGAGGCACUACGAUUUCCUGCUGGGUGGCAAACAUGUAAGCAAGAUUCGGAUCAAGGUGCCAGCGAAUUGCUCUCGCCUAAAGCUGUACCCUGAUGCGCUUAUGGUUGACAUAAGCGCGGCGGCACCUGGGAAGUGCGUUGUGUUCAAGCACCCGGUUGCAUCUCAUCCUGCUGCUCCGUACUGGUUGCGCGUGAUUGUUCCGGACAAGAUGCCCGAGACGAGAAUCUUGCCUGUCCGUUUGCCCUCCGUGCAGUAUCGGAGCAUGCCCGCACACAGCUUGAGCUGUGGCCCUUCGGAGCUGUGGGAUGAAGUGUGUAUGGAAUUUGAAGAGAUUUUAGAGUCCAUUUGGAGACUCUGGCGUUGGCUUUGGGGAGGAUGCUGAUCCAAGUGAUGCAUGGCGAGUUAAAUUGUGGGUUGCACUGAACUGAAAUGGGUUCGGCGC